GGGAGUAGAAGGUGUUAAUCUCUUACAUAUAUAAAAAUAUAAUUUUGUCACCGAUGUUCUAGCUAAUGAAAGACACUCCUAUCCUUUUGACACACAUCAAUUUGAGGUGAGCCACCCAAAACUAAAGAUAUUAACUUGCUUAUGGUGUAAUCCGACAACAUUUAUGCUAAUAUAAUUUGUGCCUUUGAUGAUGUCUUACUGCCCAAAAAAAAUAAAAUUACUAAAUAACAUUCACCUUGCUAGUUGCUACCCAAUCUACAGCCAAGCAAUAUCCCUCCGUUGAAUUGGCUCAAACGAGAGAUGAUAAUUAGAGGCCAAAACACAACGAAGGCCCCACCUCUGCAAACAACGCUUGUCUUUUCCUCUGUUCCCAUUUUCCCACCAUCCCCCUUUCUCUCACUCGCAGGCCUUCACAGCUUUCCCGGCUCCGCUGGCUGGCAAAGGCAAAGCCCACUCAGCUCAUCCUUGGCCUUGGGGAGAAGAGGGCGAGAGAGAAGGCUAUGUUUCUGUCCCCUGCCUCUUAUAUCUUCACUCUCCCCACUGUCCCAACUUUUUAACGGCCUUCUCCUCUUCUUCUCUGCCCGUGACCUCUUCUUCUUCUUCUUCUUCUCUGUCUUUGGGUAGACUUCCUCUGCCAAAAAAUCCCCCCUCCUUUCCUCAUUCAGCUUCACUUCAUCGCCUGGGGUUUUCCCAAGGGUUUUUGGGUUUUCCAUUCCCAGACGUACCAUGUUUUGCAAGCUUUCCAAUUUUUGUUCCUGUUAGGUAGAAAUGAAGCUUUUUUCUUCAGGGGUUUUGAGUGGUUUUUGCCGUUUUCCUCCCUACCUUUUCUACACUUCCUCCGGCUGUAUCCUAUUUGGUUCUACUCUUCCUCUAGUUUCUUCCACCCAAUAAAAUAUUCCUCCCCACUGAAAGAUUUUGGCUUUUCUCCCCUUUCCCCCCUACAGGGUUUAGGGUUUUGGUAAUUGUUCUUUUGCUUCUUUCACUCACUGAAAGUCUGCUCCUUUUUUCCCCCUCCUGGCCGAGUAAAACCUUCCCCUGUUCUUCUUUCCUUGCAACAAGAAUGUCUUCCCCCUGUUUGAGUGGCGGAGGCGGCAGAGCCUAUGGAGGAUUCGACCUGGAAAUCGUGAAAUCGACUUCCUCCAGAACUUCCCAGACAACCUCUUCUUCCCCAUCUUCAACCCUCUCGGAAUCUAGCAAUUCCCCCUUAGCAAUCUCCACUAGAAAGCCUCGUACACCUCGCAAGCGCCCCAAUCAGACUUACAACGAGGCCGCUGCCUUGCUCUCCACUGCCUACCCCAAAAUCUUCCCCGCCGCAGCCGUCCCCACAUCCAAGCCUUUCUCCCCUCUCCCCCUCGAUUCCUCCGAAUUGCUGUUUUUCCCAAUUCGGGAGAAAUCCAAGGACCCCAAAUCGGCGGCCACGACGGAGGUGAGCUCGCGGGACAAUUCGUGCCAGAGCAGCAGCGUCGCCGAUUGGAAGGAAUUGUGCGGCGGCGGCGGCGGAGGAGGGUACGAUGAGGACGAAUUCGACGCGGAGUCGAUUCUCGACGAAGAAAUCGAGGAAGGAGGGAUCGAUUCCAUUAUGGGGAAUCUGAGUGUGGUGAGCAGCAGCAGCGUAGGGGAAUCGGUCAAUCAGAGCCAAAUUCCGGGCUUCGUUUACGGGUACCCUCCCGGUUUUUCCAGCCGGAAUUUCCACCAGUGGGUCGGCAAUGGCGCCCCUGCCAGCAGAAACAGGGGAGGAAUCAGGGCGUUUAGGAGGGUGGACGAUUGGUGGAGCUACCCGGUGGUCGAUGUCCUCCAAAUCUCUCCCAGGCUCAACUCCACCAACCGCCGGUCGAGCUCCAGCUUCGAUGUCCUUCCCGGCGGCGCGGAAAGCAACGGCAAGGCGACGGUGAAACAGAGUCUUCCUGGUUCCGGGGAGAAGAAGAAAAGCAGCAGUAGUAGUAGCAAGAAGAAGAAGAAAGUGGAGAAAUUGGAAGAGAAUGAAUCGAAAGCUGCAAUUUUGAGGGAAGAAGAGGAGAAAUCCAAGGCUGGGAAAUCUGGGUUGCUGCUGAAUUUGAACUACGAUGAGGUUUUGAAGGCGUGGUCGGGGAAAGGGUCGCCGUUCCCGGAGGAUUUGGACGGAAAUGAUGUUUCCACUAAAGUGGCGCAAAUCGACUUAUUUUCACUGGAUGGUGGAGUGAACGAUGGAAUCAGGGAAGCGAGUGUGUUGAGAUACAAGGAAAAACGUCGGAGCCGGUUGUUCUUCAAGAAGAUCCGCUAUCAAGUUCGCAAAGUUAAUGCCGAUCAACGCCCCAGAAUGAAGGGCCGAUUUGUGAGAAGGUCAAACUCUAUCAGAAGCGAGAGAAGUAGUAGCCCUAGCAGUAGUAGCCAGAACGACGACGAACUAUAACACCCAUCACAUCUUUAAAUAACUUUCGUAAUAAUAAUAUUAUCUCCAUCAAUCAUCACUUUUUAUAUAUUUUUUGUUCUUGCAAUUUUGUUCCGGAAGUAUCUGAUUCGAUAAUAUCAUUUCAAAACUUGAGAGUAUAUGAGAUAUGAAAGUUGAGCUUGUCAUUACACAAGAGAGUGGGAGAGAGAGAGAGAGAGAAAUGAUGGGGGAAGAGGGAGAGGGGAAUAUUAUUGUUAUGCUUAGCUAAUAGCUAGGCCAAGAAAUAAACAAAUGUUGUUCAUCACUUGUUCUAUUAAUUAAUUUGUAUGAUUAUUUUCCAUACUUUGUUAGAUCCAUUUUUAUGGGUUUAAAGCCUUUGUUAAGGGCUCAGGCUGCCGGG